AUGGAUAUAAGAAAUUGGUGCAGUUCAGGCAGCAAAAAAAGAACCAUCAGAUUAGGAAGCUGCCACAAAGAGACAGCUAAGUCUUCCUCAACUACACAAGCACUUAAUCCAUAUAAGCAGAUAUGGAAAGUUCUUUGGAUGAAGUUCAAGAAAGAAAAGAAGAAGCUUUCUGAGUCUUUGGAGUCCUGUGCAGCCCCUCAACAACGUCGUCUCGUCCCCUAUGAUCCUCACAGUUACUCUCAGAAUUUUGAUAUAAGCUUUGCAUGGGAUGACAUACACCAUGAUGACGACGACGACGGUGAUAGCUUGAUCUCUCGUUCCUUCUCUUUCCGGUUUGCAGAUCCUUCUAAGAUUUUCUUAGAGAAAGCAAUAGUGUAA